GACCCUGGACACUAGAGGAAACUGAUUGAUCCACAUUACGUGACGGUCCUGCAGCGUUUAUGUGCUGCGGACGGUCAAUGCCAUCUGCGCGCAUCUUGGUUUCACGGAUGCUAUAGAUCAGUUGUAAACCUAUAUAAGGCGACUCUGGGACUGAUUCGAGAUCAUUUUGUGUCUCUGAUGAUCAAGAUGAAGUACCUUCUGGUAUCUAUCUGUGCCGUGGUGGUCCAGUGCUGCCUGUUUGCUGCAGCCGCACACGCCAACGGGGACCCCGACCCGGUUCUCGAAGCAGCUCUGAGUCCACUGUAUAGGCAACUUGACGUCACUCGGGACCAACUGGAAGUCAUUCGUCACCAACUCGACGCCGUCAAAGCGCUAGUCCAUGUACCCUGCAAGAAAGAUUAUUUGGAGUGCUCUGAGGUAGGACCCUUCGGGAUGGAAGACGGUCGCAUCCCAGAUGCAAGCAUCACAGCGUCGUCAAUUUGGGAAAACUCGGCCGGUUUCGUACCCGCCAGGGCUCGGCUUAACCUUCAAGACACAAGCGGCGGGGCCGGAGCAGGCUGGUGUAAUGAUGGAGCUAGUGAUAAUACCAAUCCAUGGAUCCAAGCCGACCUCGGCUGUAAUGCGACCAUCACUGGCGUUAUCACACAGGGGCGUGGGGACUACCAUGAAUGGGUGACACAGUUCAAAGUGGCCUACAGCAACGAUGGCCAAGAGUGGACUGACGUCACCGAUGAUGGAUCAAGUACACCAAUGAAGUUCUCUGGAAACUCGGACCAAAACACCCAAGUGACCACCACUUUCCCGAAGGCCUUCCAGGCCAGGUUCCUGCGUAUCCUGCCUACUCAGUGGAGCACAUAUUGCUGUAUGCGCUUUGAGGUCCUCGGCUGCAAAAGUCACGAGUAAACUCCAUCGCUGCUAGCUGGGGAAACCUUAUUCAAAUGGCAGCAGAGGAUGUACGGGAAUGUGGGGCUACUGGACCACCGGGGCUAGUGGACUGCUCUUAAAGGGAUACCUCGUCCGUCCUGAAAUCCACGAAAUUGUCACGUUUUAGAUUGUUUACUUAUCCUAUUCCAAACAUCUGGUUGAGAGAAAACCAAUCUAAUGUUUUACCGUUCCCGAGAAAAGACGAAAUAAAACCCUGGUUGUUUACAUCGGACAUGACGGUGCACGCAUACAUUUUUCCUUUCGUUUCAGUCAAUGUACGACACACGCUCUGUAUGUAACACAAAUUGACACACAGCACCAAUGUACAAAUGUAGUCUCUUACACAUCCCCAAAAGGCGAAUAUUUGAUGGCUGGAAUCACAACUAGCAUGAACAACCCGACUUUUUAGGGUCGCAAAAGUCGACCCCGAAAUUCGUUCUCGCACGCAUAACACAAGAAUAAAACAAAAACGCCCAGUUUUUAAAAGAUAAGUGUGGCCCAGUUGGGCCCAUUCCACGAUGCAGUAUCCCUUUAAGUUUUUUUUGUAGUUUUUUUUUAAUGCUCUGCUGUCCUCCAUCGGUGAAACACAGCCAUGUGGCCUUUGAGCUAGUAGCGUUCUUUCUAAAAGCACAGAGGUUACAUGUCUGCCCGGGUUUACGCGGAAUAAUUCUCACUUUUCUUCCGUUUGCUUGUCAUCAAAAACAUUCUCCAUUUCUGCUCAGUCGCAGCGCUUAAGCAAGGUACGUUUUAAUCACGAUUCGAAGCAUUUAACGUACAACUUAAAAUUGGUUGUUAUGUGAAGCAUUAGCAUACAAAUUAGGGCGAUUCCAAGCAAACAGAGACAUGACCCCUAAAAUUGAAAUUCAUUCCUGAGCUUGUUUUUUUUUUACUUUUAAGUUUUUGCUAACACAUGAACACUGAAAAAUUUUCUGGGUUAAUUUCACCCAAUCAAGGGUGAAAACUGCAACCACCCAAAAUGUGGUUGACCUUUACCCAAUUGUUUGGGUUAGAAUUUCUGUUAAAGUCAAUCAAAACUUGUGGUCAUAUCUAGCCUUUUUUUUCACACGUCUCUUUUCUGUGUUAAAUUUAUAUUCAUUUAAUAAAAGCACUUUAGAUAGAGUGUAAGCGUGCACCUGCA